CGAGUUGUAGAUGAGUUGUCCCAUUGGUUCGUAGAUAAACGAAAGCCCAGGGCUUCGAGUUAUUAAAUAUGCCACAAUUCAGUGAUAGAUAAGAAGCAUUUCAUCGUCUCCGCGGCUUUUUGAUAGAAAUGGCCACUGAAACGUACGCCACAUUUAGGUAAAUCUUGAUGUAUUCUUUAGAUCGCUCGCAUAUUUCAGUAGCGAUUCCAUUCAGUUCUGGUGACAAAAGACUUCUGGGCAAAUGUCAGAAGGCGAAGAUACCAAAGGCCAAGAUCAGCUAAUUACUGGCUCGGUAAAAUGGUUUAAUCUUGCCAAAGGGUUCGGUUUUAUUACAAGAGACGAUGCGAAAGGAGAUGUCUUUGUUCACCAAAGCGCCAUAAAAUCAAAAGGAUACCGCAGCCUCGAGGAAGGAGAGAAAGUUCAAUUCAAAACAGUCAGUUCAGAUAAAGGAACGAUUGCUGUUUUUGUGACUUCCCCGGAUGGCGGAAACGUCAGAAGCUUGUCACGAAAAUGCCGCGUUAAGAAAGGCGCGCGAAAGUACACGAGUCUCUGUUACAACUGCAACAUGAAUGGACACAGAAUGAAAAACUGUCCGUAUGCGAGGCGAGUCGAACGAACAUGUCACAAAUGUGGGUCGCAAAGUCAUCUGAUAAGAACGUGUCCAAAGCUGCUGGAGCAGCUAACUGAAUUACGCUCUGAUCAAAGAAGAGAAAGACAUAGAAUCUUUGAUGAAAGGAACUUUUCACCUACCGACUCGGCAAAGCAGCCGCAAGACCACUCAUAAGUUGCUUGCAAAAUUCUCACCCUUUUCCUCGAGGAAAACGAACCUCACAGUAAACAAGGAGUUGAUAGCAACGGGAUGUGCAUAUUUCUUGUGAAAUCCAGAGUUUCUGGACAAGACACAUGACCGACGUCAUAAGAGAGUGCAGUUGAGGGAAUCUUAUCAGGAUCUUAAGAAGUCCUAUACAUGUGCAAGUCAAGUCAAAGAGUAGCAAUACUUCUGCAUGGUCACUUCAUGCAAGAGAAAUCGGAAUACGCCCUGUUUGAGCGCCACCGGAUCAGAGCCACUAGGAUCCUGAUCCGGUUCUACUACAAGUUGCUCUACGCGCAGAUAAGAGGUCAAUCUCGACGACCGUGAAAAAAAUGUGGUUUUUUCAACAGAGUCGAUAAUAUGAAUUAACCACCGUAAAGAACUUCUAAGCUGAUAUUUCGAGCGUUAACCGUUGGUCAGGGCGAAUGUAAAGAAUUUUGGACAUUUUGGCCGUUUCGAUAAGGUAUAUAAUGAGGUGGAACACCACAGCGUACUCUGGUGUGACACUCAAGCAUUCUUAGGCCCCUAAAUAUCGGGUCCCUAAAUAUCAACACUCAAAUGUAACGGGCUUAAAAGGCCUUGCCGCAGGCUCCAGAAGUCAGUGUUUUAGCCAAAAUGGAUUUUGUGCGGAAAAUCAAAUGAAUAGAUUCUCGAGAAAAAGGGAAAUUAUGUCCACUUCAUCCGAACAAAAAUACACCAGAUACUUCCAUUAAUUUUGCCGUUUUAUUGCCUUUUCCCCGUGUAUAUGUAGUCUACAAAACUAUUUUAAUCGGCAAAAACGGAUGCUGCUAGUUGGUGACUGUUGGUAUGGAUAAUGCACGAUCCCUCUAAAAAAGAAAAGCAGAAUAAUUAUUUUGUGAGAGAGAAAGUUUUUAGAAUGUCAUUUUUCUCUUUUAGUGCGUCGA